AUGCGCCAUAAGGUUAAAAAUUUGCGUGAUCAUCAGAAAGAGGGAACGAACAUAACAAGUCAGAAAUUAUGUUACCUUCCCCAACAAGAAGCCGUUAGAACUUGCACGCUGUCCAAAUCAUGGCGCUAUCUUGGCUCCACGCGCCCCAAUUUCACCAUGGAAGAGAUCGACUUUAGAGGAAGUAAACAAGAGUUUAUCAACGUCCUCGAAAGGUGCUUGCAACUAUACCGUGAUCACAAGAUUUUUCCUCAGGAAUUCGUUCUUUCCAUGUCAACGCCCGAUGCCGACUCGGUUUCAUUUCUUGACAAAUGGAUUCCGGUGCUCGUUCGCGAUUCGGCUGUAGAGGAGUUUGGUCUUUCUUUCGGUACACAACAACAUGCACAUGCACUCUUUGAUCUGCCAUCUGUCGUUUUUGAGUCCGAAUCCCUCCAAUAUUUGUACCUCAAGGACUGCAACUUGAGCAGAGUCAAUUGUCUAGACAAGGAAAUAUUGUCUGUGAAUCUCAAACUACUCUGGCUUUCGAACGUUUUUAUUACGGACGAAAUUCUCGAAAAAGAUAAUAUGUAG